AUGAAUUUCCAGCUACCAAGGCAGUUCACCCUGCCGACCACAUUAACUCCAUACGACGGGCUGGGAGACCCUAAACAGCAUGUUAAAAAAUUCCGAUCAAUCAUGAUUGUCAACGGUGCCUCUGAUCCUAUUUUAUGCCGAUGUUUUCCUUAUUUUUUAGAUGGUCCUGCACUUGACUGGUUUUGUUCUUUGCCUGCAGAUUCCAUCUCACGCUUUCAGGAGCUAGCCAAACAAUUUGAGGACCAUUUUGCAGCCUCGGCCAUAUACCUCCACGACUCAGAUUAUUUAACAACCAUCAAGCAAGGCCCGCAAGAGAGUUUAAAGGAUUAUAUAACCCGGUUCACUAAGGUUGCCAUGAGUAUUCCGGAUCUCCAUCCCGAAGUGCAUCUUCACGCCAUUAAAAGCGGCCUCCGACCAGGAAAAUUCCAAGAAACUAUUGCGGUAUCUAAACCGAAGACUCUAGCUGAGUUCCGCGAAAAGGCCAAGGGGCAGAUAGAUAUCGAAGAGCUGUGCCAGGCACGUAAGUCAGAGAAGCCCACCUUUAAAGACGACGAAAAAGCUCGGGAUACCAAAAAGGGUUUCAAACCGAUCCCCCGUUACGAGUCAUACACUCAGUUUAACACCAAGAGGGAUGACAUCAUUAAGGAAAUUCUGAAUUCCAAACUGAUUAAACCGCCCCGCAAGGCAGGACAUUACCCCGAGCCCAAAAACAUUGACAAGUCAAAAUACUGCACCUUUCACCAGAAGCACGGACACACAACCGAUGAGUGUGUAAUUGCCAAAGACCUCCUCGAAAGAUUAGCUCGUCAAGGCCAUCUCGAUAAAUUCAUCACAGGUCAUAUGCAAAAAAGAGCAGCAUCCCAUUCCGAACAACCCUCCGCAGGCCAGUCAUCAAAAGAAAAAGAUAAGGCCCCAGCUCAACCACGAGGGGUAAUAAACUGUAUUUCCGGAGGUUACGCCAGUGGUGGAAGUUCCAGUUCGGCCAGAAAGCGAACAUACCGGGCUAUGUUAAUGGUAGAAAGCGCUGAUCAAAACUUGGAACUAAUUCCAGACGUUCCAGAGCUGACAUUUCGCCCUACAGACUUCAACUCCAGACACACCAACUACGACGACCCUGUAGUCGUCUCUAUCCAAUUAGGCGACCUCAUUGUUCGGAAAACAUUGCUCGAUCUAGGGAGUAGUGCUGAUGUACUUUUUUUUGCAACAUUUCAAAAAAUGAAAUUGAGCACUAAUAUUUUGCAGCCAUAUUCAGGAGAUCUCGUCGGAUUCUCAGGAGAGCGAGUCCCUGUCCUGGGGUCGGUAUGGUUGCAAACCACACUGGGUGAACAACCAUUAUCCAAAACACAGGACAUCCAGUACCUAGUCGUAGACUGUUUCAGCCCUUAUAACGUUAUUUUAGGGAGACCUUUUUUAAACAAAUUUGCUGCUAUUGUUUCUACAUAUCACCUCUGUGUCAAGUUUCCUGUGCAGGAUAGUAGAAUUGCAACCAUACACGGUGACCUCCAGGAAGCUCGGCAAUGCUAUAACAUAAGCCUGAAGCCUAUCAAAAGAAACACUGAAGCUCGGAUUAACUCAAUUCAAUCUGAGCGACCAAUCUUGACAGAAUUAGAUCCAAGGGCCGAUUUUCUUGAACGCCCUACGCCAAAUGAAGAUCUUCAAAAGGUCGCCUUAACCGACGAUCCAUCAAAAUUCACAUUCAUCGGAACAUCAAUGAAGGAGGAGGCUAAGAUACAAAUAACAAAUUUUUUACGUGCAAACGCCGACCUUUUCGCAUGGACUUCAGGGGACAUGCCGGGGAUUAGUCCAUCAUCGGUAACACAUAAGCUAGCUGUUAGUCCGGCGGCUCGACCAAUCUCCCAAAAGAAGAGAAACCUCGGCGCCGAGAAACGAUCAGCUUCCAUGGCAGAGGUCAAUAAGCUCCUGGAGGCAAAAUUCAUCCGCGAAAUCAGAUUCACCACCUGA